AUGCUGCGUAGGCGGGUACGCCACUUGCGCUUACGGCCUGUAUUUUGGAUUGGCCUCGCAAUUCUUGUCGAAAUCUGGAUCCAUACCUCCAAGUUUCGCAUCCCGACUCCCGACCACGACAUCGACCCGCCAUUCUAUUCAGGAUGUCAGGAACCAAACACCAACAUGUCCCGCGAGAACGCCGUUAUUGUAAUGCUGGCCCGAAAUGCAGAGGCAACGAAAGCUCAACACUCUGUAGCUAGCUUAGAGAGGCGGUUUAACCGCUGGUUUCAAUAUCCGUACAUCUUUCUCAACGAUGAGCCAUGGAGCGACGACUUUAUAGCCGCUAUCCGUGCUACAACGAACGCGAGUACCCUAUUUGAGGUAAUACCUCAAGAAAUUUGGGCUUUUCCGUCAUGGAUGGAUCGAGACAAGGCUCAGGCCAGCAUAAACGAGCAAGGUGACCGGGGUGUGCACUAUGGGGGGCUAACGACGUAUCAUCAUAUGUGUCGCUUCUUCUCCGGUGCAUUUUAUACUAUCGAUAUUCUGAAGCAGUACAAAUACUACUGGCGACUAGAGCCUGAUGUCGACUUCUCUUGUUCGAUCACUUACGAUCCGUUCUACGAAAUGGCCAAACAUAAGAAAGUGUAUGGAUACACUAUUGCGCUUGAAGAAGAACCAGCUACGUGCCCAAGCUUAUUUCGCGAGGUGUCAGACUGGAAGGCGGCACAUAAUAUACCGACGUCGGACCUCUGGAAGGCAUCGAUAUCACCAUCGAAACUGCCCUGGCUGUUGCGCGGCUUCGCCAGCUGGUUUUCACACCGCGAUCGCUUCGGAGACCAGUGGAAUUUCUGCCAUUAUUGGAGCAAUUUCGAGAUCGGUGAUCUUGACUUCUUCCGUGGGCCGUCGUAUCAAAGCUUGUAUGAGCAUCUUGAGAAAACUGGCAAUUUUUACUUCGAAAGAUGGGGAGAUGCCGCCGUGCACGCUUUAGCAAUCAACAUGUUAGUGGAGCCUAACAAGGUUCAUCAUUUUGCAGACUUUGCAUACCGACAUGAUCUGUUUUACCAAUGCCCAGCGAACGCACCGGGAGGACAGCUGCUUAAAUCAGAGCUUUUGAAUAACGCGGAGUUAGUCUGGGCCGCAGAGGUUGCUGGCGGUAUAGGAUGCCGGUGCGAUUGUGAUAGCCGCCAGAGACGCAACCACUCAAGUUACUGUCUAAAUAAAUUAAGGGAACCAACAAGCCCCAAAAGGUCGUGGAAUGCAUGGCUGCUUGGAGGCUUAUAA